AGCGCCGGAACUGAACGGCCCCACAUCUACCCCAGGGUCUUCCUUUUAAAGACGGGGAAACUGAGGCCCAGAGAGCGGAGCUGGGGUGGCUCAAGGAGCACCGAACGCCUGGGCCGGGGCGCCUUGGCGGAAACAGAAGUAGGAUCCGCCUCCCGCCUCUCCCGGGCCGACGUGCCCUCGGGGUACUGUAGAGUGUCUCAGCGCAGGAGGGGGCCCUCUGAACCAGGAGGCCGCAGCAGGAGGAGACUUGGGGUUCCCCGCUGAGGCGCGCAGAGUCGGGGGGCGAGGCCGGGGCUGGGGAGCAUUUGAUUCAUGCGGCUGAGGGAUCCGGCUGAGGGAUCCGGCUGAGGAGACCCGGAGCCAGACCCGGCACCAGCCUGGCCCCCGGGGUGGGGGAGGGGGGGCGGGAGCGACGCGUGCUGAUGACGCAGCGGCGUGGCGCCCCUGGCGACGGCGGUCUCCAGGGAGCGGCGCGUGCUGAUGACGACGUGGCCCUAGCGACGGCGGUCCCCAGGGAGCGGCCGCGCUGCGAAGCAGCAUGGACGCGACCACCGCCCCUCACCGCAUCCCCCCGCAAAUGCCCCAGUAUGGGGAGGCGAACCACGUCUUCGAGUUAAUGCAGAACAUGCUGGAGCAGCUCCUGAUCCACCAGCCCAAGGACCCCAUCCCAUUCAUGAUUGAUCAUUUGCAACGAGACAACGAUUAUGUGCCGAAGAUUAUAAUAUUAGGUCCACCUGCCUCGGGGAAAACAACCAUAGCUAUGUGGCUUGCCAAACAUCUGAGCACCAAUCUUCUCAGCGUGGAGAGCCUGAUAGCAAAGGAGUAUUCCCCCCUGGCGGCAGACGCCAGGAUGCAUCAUCAGAAGUUCAAGAUGGUACCCAACAUGCUGCUCAUCAGACUGAUGCAGGAGCGCCUGAAGGAGGAGGACUGCAUCAGGCGGGGCUGGAUUCUGGACGGCAUCCCUGAGACGCGGGAGCAGGCUCUGAUGAUCCAGACCCUCGGCAUCUCCCCAAGACAUGUCAGAAGCCCCCCAUCUCAACCGUGGGAAACUCUGAGAAACCAGUGGAAACUGGAAACCACUGAGAAGCUCCCUAUAAGAAAUAAUCCCAGAUGUGGCAAAAGCCUCCCGUAUAGGGAUGUCGCAGUUACUGGUGGCCCUGAAGGCGGUCGGCCGGCAGUGUUCACACUCGCGCUGAGCGCUCCAGACACCGUCCUGAUUGAGAGAAACUUGGGGAAGAGGAUCGACCCUCAGACUGGAGAGAUCUAUCACACCACCUUCGACUGGCCGCCCGAGUCGGAAAUCCAGAACCGACUGAUGAUGCCCGCAGGCAUCUCGGAGGGGGAGACGGCGCGGAAGCUGCUGGAGUAUCACAGGAACAUCGUCAGGAUCCUCCCCUCGUACCCCAAGAUCCUGAAGGUCAUCAAUGCCGACCAGCCCUGCGUGGACGUCUUCUACCAGGCUCUGACCUACGUCCAAACCAGCCAUCGAUCCAAUGCCCCGUUCACCCCAAGGGUGCUGCUUUGCGGGCCCGUGGGCAGCGGGAAAAGCCUUCAGGCCGCCCUCCUGGCCCAGAAAUACGGCCUCAUCAACGUCUGCUGUGGGCAACUGCUCAAAGAAGCCGUGGCGGACAAGUCCAAAUACGGCGAGAUGAUCCAGCCCUUUUUCGAGAAGGAGAUAGCAGUCCCCGACAACAUCAUCAUGAAGGUGCUGAAGCAGCGCCUGGACCAGCAAGACUGCGUCGAGAGAGGGUGGGUGCUGCACGGCUUCCCGCGAGACCUGGACCAGGCGCACGUGAUGGACAGCCUGGGCUACAAGCCCAACAGGGUGUUCUUCCUGAACGUGCCAUUAGAUUCUGUCAUCGAGCGGCUGACCCUGAGAAGAACCGACCCGGUCACAGGAGAAAGAUACCACCUCAUGUACAAGCCACCUCCAACCAUGGAAGUCCAGGCCCGUCUCCUGCAGAACCCAAAGGAGUCAGAAGAGCAGAUCAAGCUCAAGAUGGAUCUGUUCUACAGGAAUUCUGCUGAGCUGGAGCAGUUCUACGGGGAGGCCAUCACCCUCAACGGGGACCAGGACCCGUACACAGUCUUCGAAUACAUCGAAAGUGGGAUCAUUAACCCCCUACCCAAGAAAGUGCCCUGACGGGUUCUGAGCUGGGAGCAUCCCUCAGGGGGACGGAGUUAGUCCCGCACCCCAGACCCUCUGGAAGGUCAGCCAAGCCAAUAAAGUGCUGGGUACAGUCCCAUGUGUGCUGGA